GUGCUGUAUUUAUUACGGCUCUCUCUAUUUAUUGUCAGGAAUCAUUAUUAGAAUUACAACGUAAUUUUUCCCUCUUGUUUGCGUGCCGAGGUUUUAUAGAAACUUUAAUCUUUCUUUCAAGUGGUAUUUUCGUAAUUACCUGAGAGUGAAAAGUUAUUUGUCUUUUCUGUGUUUUAAUGAAUGGGUUCAUACUCAAAGCUUCACAGUUGAUUCGUCUAUUAUGGAUGUAGAGAGUAAAAAUCAGUUGAUUUUCUGAAACUGUCGCAUUUUACGUUGCUACAAUGUCAGACGGACCACUCGGAAGCAUGUCCCCUCCCUCCAGGCACAUCGUCAAAGAAGGCUGGCUCUUCAAAAGAGGCGAGCAUAUAAGGAAUUGGCGAUCCCGCUAUUUUGUCUUGCUGUCUGAUGGAUCUCUUAUGGGUUACAAAAGUCCUCCCGACGGCUCUGUCCUCAGUCCCCCCGUGGAGCCCCUGAAUAACUUUACAGUCAAGGGGUGCCAAAUCAUGACGAUUGAUCGGCCAAAGCCUUACACUUUCAUCAUCAGAGGCCUUCAGUGGACCUCAGUCAUUGAGCGAACUUUCCAUGUUGAAUCAGAGCAAGCCAGGGAAGAAUGGGUAGAAGCAAUUAAGGCAGUCUCAGAAAAGUUGGCUCAGUCAGAAACUGAAGACAUUGAAAUGAAACCUGAGGAUUAUGAUCUCUCGGAUGAAAUGAGAGCCAAAUUCUCAGUUCAAGGGACAUCUAGCAACAAAACCACCGGAAAGCAGAAAAUUACCUUGGAGCAUUUUGAGUUUUUGAAAGUUCUCGGGAAAGGCACAUUUGGAAAAGUUAUUCUUUGCAGAGAAAAAGCUACAGAACAUUUGUACGCCAUCAAAAUCUUGAAGAAAGAAGUCAUCAUUCAAAAAGAUGAAGUUGCCCAUACACUAACAGAAAACAGAGUGCUCCGAACAACUCGGCACCCAUUUCUGAUCUCAUUAAAAUACUCAUUCCAAACUGUGGACAGACUUUGUUUUGUCAUGGAAUAUGUAAAUGGAGGGGAGCUAUUUUUUCACUUAUCCAGAGAAAGAGUGUUCAGCGAAGAAAGGACUCGAUUCUACAGUGCUGAAAUCAUCUCUGCCUUGGCUUAUCUACAUGGAGAAGGCAUCAUUUACAGAGACUUGAAGCUUGAAAAUUUACUGCUUGAUAAGGAAGGUCAUAUCAAGAUUGCGGACUUCGGACUCUGUAAGGAAGACAUAACAUACGGAAGAACCACCAAAACAUUUUGUGGGACACCUGAGUAUCUUGCUCCAGAGGUGCUGGAGGACAAUGAUUAUGGGCGAGCAGUUGAUUGGUGGGGCAUCGGUGUUGUUAUGUAUGAAAUGAUGUGUGGCCGUCUUCCAUUUUACAAUAAGGACCAUGAUGUUCUUUUCACAUUGAUUCUUAUGGAAGAAGUUAAAUUCCCCAAAACAAUUUCAAAUGAAGCCAAAGACUUACUCAGUGGUCUCCUCAUCAAAGAUCCAAACAAGCGAUUGGGAGGAGGUCCAGAAGAUGCAGAAGAGAUCAAACAUCAUCCAUUCUUUGCAUCUAUCAACUGGGAAGACUUAGUCAAGAAAAAGAUUCCUCCUCCAUUCUUACCUCAAGUCUUAUCAGACACAGACACGCGUUAUUUCGACUCGGAGUUCACCGGAGAAUCAGUAGAGCUGACGCCUCCAGACAACACUGGCAUCCUUAGGAGUAUAGAAGAAGAGUCGGAAACAUUGCAACCUUACUUCCCUCAAUUUAGUUUUCAAGAAGUCAGUGGUUCGAUCCUAGGUCCUCAGACGCCAAUCAAUAUAAACACAUCGCUGGUUCAUAAUUUGUAACUGGGAUUUAAAUGUACUUUAAAGGAAGGCUUAUGUUUUUAUAAAACAUUCUUACCCUAGUUGUGACCAAUGGGACCAGAGGAAAACAUCAACUCAAACUUUAUUCAUCCAAAAACAACUUUCAAGUUUAGGUAUUGAAUUUUUCUUCUUGGAGGGAGUAAUUUAAUCUCCAAGGCAGGAAAUUGUAAAGUUCCUGCAAUUAACUGAAUAUUGACCAUGAAAUUGCAAAAAUGCGCUGGUAUCUCGGAUGGGGUGUUACAAAUUUUCCGCUCCCAUUUUAUUUUCUGAAGGAGACUGAACCUAGAUCAUGACUUGAAAUUUUCACAGAAUGUUCCGCAUAUAGAGAGGACAAAUCAUGUAAGCUUUCAAGGAAUAACUUUCAGUAGUAUUCCAUGCAGAAAAUGAAGUAUUACAGUAAGUUUGCAAUGCUGCAAAGCAAGGUAUGCAAUCUUGCAGUUUCAUCAUGAAUAUUGUCCUCGCUCAAGAUACUUCUCAAUGCCAGCAACCUAAACAAAAAAUGAACCUAUUGAUAAUGAACCUUCUUUUUCAAUUCUUCCCUGCAGAAUUUUUGAACAUCCAGUGGUAACUGAAGCAAAGUUAUUGAAUACGAAAAUUGUCUCAACUAGUUGAUAAUCAUCUGUUUGAACUUCAGUUACACUAGCUUUACAUCUCAGGAUGUCGCAGAUUUUUUUCAUCAUCCUGAAUUGGAUACGCUUACUGCAGAUUUCCUAGGGGAUGCAGUCAUUAUGAUUUAGAUCCUAUAUUUAAUGGCCUCAAACUUGUGACCGUUUUCAAUUGGAAUUUUUGAGAAAAAAUUUGAAUAAGUUUAAAUCUUCUUCCGAAUCUCAAACUUCUUAGCGAAAAUUAAGAAAGUUAGCUAGGUUAUUGAUAAAGCACUAGGUCUUCCCAACCUCUGGAUCUUCUUCUUUUAGUAGUUAAUUGGCUUUUGCUCUAGUUGAGGAGCCUACAGCCAUAACCUUGGGAGCAUAAGAACCCCUCCACCAUGUGACUGCGAUUGGAAGUAAAAAAUGGGGUUUAUACCUUCAGAUGUAAUAUGAUGUUCAAGCACCUUGCAAAGUAAAAACACUGAGGCCAAGGUAUAUUUUCGAGUGUCUAUCUUUUCGCACGUUCAUCUUUUUUGACAUCUUUUACUAGUCCUGGGAUCAUUUUUUGUGUCAAACCCUCAGUUUAAUUUAAGAAUAAAAUAAGUUUUUCCUCUGGUUCCAAUUUAAGUCGCAGCUACAGCGUCAGGCGAUUAGACUGAGUUAUUCCUUGUUUAGAUUUUCCUCCAGUUUGUCUUUAAUUUGUGGUUGUUACAGCUUAGACAUAGGCAACAGUGCCAAAUACUCUUGAAAUGUUCAUCAUGUUUCUUUAACAUCAAUGAAUCAGUAAGUCAUCUCCUGUCUAAUUAAAAGCUGUAAAAAUGAAGCAUUGACAGAUAAAAAUUUGUAUCUUUUCUAGGAAUUCUUUUGCAGUGCCUUGACUGCAUCAUCAAUCCUUGAGUGUAGCCAUUACAUUGAGGAUGCACCUGUAAAUCUAUGUGAUAUAUCAGUUAAAUUAGUCAGUGGUUCAAUUCUGGGGCUACAUAUGCUUAAGUAAAUAUGUAUGUGAUAAGGUAUGUAAAAGUGUGUUGUUAGAAUGAGGAACAUUGAAUGCUUACUAACGUUUUGUCCACACAAGCAAACUUUUCCUAUAUCCUGGUGAAAGUAAGUUAAUAAACUGUACAUUCAGUGCAACAAACUAGUUUUAUCUCAGAUUGAACUAGUUCAGAAAAGUUCUUAGUGAGGCUAUCCUUUACUACUUUUGGAUUCGCCUGGAGUUUUUCUAAGUAGUUCAAUGGAAGUUUGCCCACUUUGACAAAGCUUAAUAUCAAUAUAAAUUUGCUUGAUAUCAAUUAGUUGCAAAAGCGAGCCAGUGUCUUAUGGAAAAGUGAGUGUUUUUGCAAAGUUACGUGAGAGAGUGUACUCUCGUUAUUCAAGUCCACAUACACACACACACCCUCACACAUAUACAUAUAAGUGUAAAUAUUCGGUACGUAUGUUGUAACCAAGUGUAUUUUUAAUAGGUUUUGGGGUAGAACUGAAGCCAUCAUUUAUUGGAAGGGAAAAUUGAUUUUUCAAUCUAAUUGCCGUCAGAGGUAUGCCAAGUUUUUGGUUUUUUUGCAACAACAUUGAUUAUGAAAAUUUGUAGCUUUCUGAAAUUGUUGCAACUGUGCUUUCGUACCUUCUCUCUUUUAUCUCUUUAAGUAACCACAACUACUAGGUACUGUUCAAGAAUACAGCAAAUUAUUGACAAAUCUCGCUGAAAUCUCUGUCAUAAUCACAUAAUCUGUGAAUCAUCAAUGAGCCACCAGUAUUUAAAGACACAACCUAUUUCAGUUUAAAUUUUCUCCCCCUUUAUUAGUUCAGCAUUACUUGAAUUAGUUAGGGAAUGAAGUUAAUUGUUUUGUCUUCAUCCAUUGAAUCACAUGUGUUUUUAUUUUGAAAUAAUAACCCUGUGAAUUAGUGAAAAUUUUAGUGAAAUUAAAGGUGACAACAACCCAAAAAUAAAUUUAAAAUUCGAGUAGACAUCCUCAAAGCAAUAGAGCACAAAAUAUGAACAAGGAAAUCCAUUUCAUAAAUCUCAUUCCAUUGCAAUUAGGCCUAACAUCUUUCCGUAAUCAUUUUUUUUUCUUUGCUCUCAAGAAUGCGUUUUACAAUAUGUUCCUGUGAUGAUUCAUAUAAUACAGAGGAAUGUUAUUUAGGUUUUAGAGUUUGUGUAAUUUCUGCAGGCUUUGAAUCAAUAGUACUUGUAUUUAUGAAAUACACACAUUAUAUCCUUGUGAAGACAAAUAUUUUACAUAAAACGUUUGUCGCAAAGUCAUGUUUUUGCACAGGCACUUAUCGAAUUUUAUGCUAAAGAAAUGUUCCUUGAAGAAAAUGUAUUGUCCGCAUUUCAAGUUUAUUAGGGCCUAAAAAUUGUUUAUAUUCAAGGGUUUCCGGAUAAUGGCAAGAUAAUAUUUGUGCUCAGGGAUUUGUUUUUCUACAGUUUUCUUGAAAACAAUAAACUAACAUAUGUAUUGCCAAAAGACUGACUCUUGGGUAAAGAAUAAUUUCUUUAUAUAUAAUUUUCUUACUUCUUCCCUCUUGGAGAUUAUCUUUAAUGAGGGUCAUUGGAAAAGUAAUGUUCCUUUUCCCCCUAAAGUUUAAGAUCACUAUGAAUCAAUAAUAAAAAUAAGUUAUUCCUACCCCUAUAAUUUUCUGUAUUAUUUUUAUUAACUUUGAUCUACUGGUGUGAAAAAAAAUAUAUUGUCAUAGGUCCAUCUCCUUCAGUCACAUUGACUGAGAGAGCAGUGAGUUCUCGGCAGAGCUUUUGAUGGCUCAAAAGAAUGAUUUAAUUGCAAAAAAACCCUUAUUUCGUUUCCAGAUUAAUGCAAGCUCUGCAACGACCUGUUUCAAAUCAGCUGUCAUUAACUGCUAGAACUACUUCCUUGUUCUCACCAAACUUUCCUUUUUAUAUUCUCCUGUUUUUCUCAAGCUUGCUACAAAUUUUACUUAUCUCCCUUCAAUGGAACAAUAUUUCUGAGAAAAGCAUUUUACUGUGCAAAAAAACAGAUGCAUUUCCGAAGUAAAUAGCAAGAGACUAAGUAAAUAGCAGAGAGGUAGGCAGAGAAUAAUCAACUGACCGUAGGCUGAAAUGUUGAGACGAAAUGGGGAUGUCUCGUCUCAGUGGCAACAAAUUUUAAGGGCUUAUAGCUCUCAUCAGUGAAGAUAUAUUUCGAGAAAAACCAAAUGCAGUGUUUGGUUACUAAAGAUACUUUUAGAAAUCAGAGUUUUUCAAGAAGUGAUAACUUCCCUAUCAAGUUGAUUUUUUGGGGAAAAUAUUAAGAAUCAUAACUUGUUGUUUUCAAAAAUGAUUCUGUUGUGCACGGGGAAAUUUUUUUUUCACCAUAAAAGAAAUAGUGUCUAAAAAAAAUAACAGGACCAUUUUAAAAGGACAAGCCUUUGUCUACGCAUAAAAACUGCACUCAAACUUUAGCACCAACCGUGAAAGAAAUUUCCUCAAAAAAGCUCUUGUGUUCCAUUAAAAUUGGUUUAGUGCAAACGAAUGCUGAGGUUAUCUUUAACUCUGUUGAAUUCGACCAAGGUAUUCCACCAAUAGUUAUAGGGAAUUCGUAUGAACAUACAAAGCCUAGUCCAUUAUUUUGUACUGAAAAAUAGUCAGAUCGGAAGUUGUAAAAAUAUGCGAUUACAACUACUUAGUUUUGUUUUUUUUUUCUUUCUAUUUUUUCCCUUCAUGUAAUGAAUAUUAUCCUUGAGGUAUUACUCAUUUUUGCUGCACUCAUUUUUAAGCUCAGAUGAUUGGCUUGAAUUUGCUUAAAGUACUUCUGCCUCAGAGGCUAACUUUUGUGAUUUUGAAACGUAAAAUAUUUUAAUCCACUAUAUCUUACCUUAAUCACAAGCAGGUACAGCUCACGUUUUGGAUUUCUAUAAAAAUUCUUGCAACAAAAAUGAGUUACUCAAUGGAUGGCUCUUUAAUGCUAGAUUUUCCUACCUGUUUUUUGGUAGUCAUUUUUAAACUGUAUAGGAAUCUGUGAAACAUUGAAAAAUAUUUUUAACUCAAAAA